CUCCGAGCAGACAGAGGAAGAGACGGCGGUGUCGGAGGGGCCAUAUUCCCCCUGAUAGAGCUGUAUUUAAUACACACUGGUGUUGUUUCACACGGUCAUUUAAAGUCUGUAUACUGUGGUGUGUGUGCGCUCGGUGUGAGGAUGUCGGCUCAGGCUCAGAUGAGAGCGCUGCUUGACCAGUUAAUGGGCACAGCGAGGGACGGAGACGAGUCCCGACAGCGGGUGAAGUUCACGGACGAGCGAGUGUGUAAGUCUCAUCUGCUGAACUGCUGUCCACAUGACAUCCUUUCUGGAACCCGUAUGGACCUGGGCGAGUGCUCCAAGAUCCACGACCUAGCUCUCAGGGCCGACUAUGAGAUCGCGUCUAAAGAGAGAGAUCUGUUCUUCGAACUGGACGCUGUGGAUCAUCUGGAGUCGUUCAUUGCCGACUGCGACCACAGAACCGAGUUGGCGAAGAAACGCCUUGCUGAAACUCAGGAGGAGAUCAGCGCCGAGGUCGCUGCUAAGGCAGAGAAGGUGCACGAGCUGAAUGAGGAGAUCGGGAAACUGUUGGCAAAGGCAGAGCAGCUUGGUGCUGAGGGGAACGUGGAUGAAGCUCAGAAGGUUCUACAGGAAGUGGAGAAAGUGCGCACGAAGAAGAAGGAUGCUGAGGAGGAAUACAGGAACUCUAUGCCUGCUUCCAGUUUCCAGCAGCAGAAGCUCCGUGUGUGUGAGGUUUGCUCUGCCUAUCUGGGUCUCCAUGACAACGAUCGCCGCCUUGCUGACCAUUUUGGUGGGAAACUGCAUCUGGGCUUCAUCCAGAUCAGAGAAAAGCUGGAGCAGCUGAAGAAAACGGUCCUGGAUAAGCAGGAGCAACGAAACCAGGAGAGACUGAAGAGGAGAGAGGAGAGAGAGCGUGAGGAGAGGAUGAGGAAGAGGACCAAAUCACGCAGUCGGGAGCGCAGGAGGUCUCGUUCUCGUGAUCGUGAGAGGGAGAGGAGACGAAGGAGAUCUCGCUCGUCCUCAAGGGAGAGACGCAGGUCAAGAUCUCGAUCUAGAGACCGAGAGAGACGCAGGAGACACCGAUCACGCUCCAGAUCUCACUCGCAUUCUCAGAGAGAACACUCACACAGGUCUUCACGGGACCGUCUUAACGGGAGGACUGAGUGCCGUCGCUCCGGGGACAGAGAAUCUGGAGAGCUCUGAGGGCCGUUACCCGACAUCAUCUGUCACAGUUAUCAUGGGAACUACUGUGUGUCACACGGCUAUGCGUACAUAUUCUUUCCUCCCUCAGCUUUUUUAUUUUUUUUUUAUUUACUGAUACACCGAUGAGUGCAGUGUUGAGUCACUGCUCUUUAUUCCCCACAUCCUUGUCAGUGGAAUGAACAUCAUUGCUUUGCACCAUGUUUUCCAGUGCAUUCUGGUCUUUGUAGUGUUUAUAUUCUGUUUGGGGUUUAAAACAGCUUUUACUGAAUUCAGCCUGUUGGUUGAAAUUAAUUGUGGACCUGUACACUCCGUGUGUGUGUGUGUGUGUGUGUGCGUGCGUGCGUGUGUGUUUGUGUGCGUGGGCAGCUUCCGCAUGAUUUCCCAAUCAAAAGGUGGAGAUAUCGACACCCCACACUUCUACAGGAGCAGUUUAGAGUACCGCGUGAUGAAUUUAAUAAUGUAGGACUCAUAAUGGUGCACAAUUCUACUCCUUAUUUCACUCGCUUUUCUUUUAUAAACCUGCUCUGAUUCUUCUCGUCCCUCUCUAACGCAUUAUUAAAUGGAUUUUAUCAA